GGAGAGGGAGGGAGGAGGGAGAGAAAGGGAGAAAGGAAGGAGCAGGCGGGCGCUGCGUGUGUCUGAGUGUGCCAGUGUGAGUGAGUGUGAGUGCCGGGCCCUGCUUCUCCCGCCUCCCCUGCAGAGGGGCCCGGUGGCCUAGGGAGGGCGGGCGGGCUGCUUGGAGGUAGAGGCAGCGAGAGGCGGCGGCGGGCAGAGCCGAGGAGUAGGAGGAGGAGAGAGGAAAGAGCCGAGCAGCCAUUGUUGAGGGAAACCUUGCAAACAAAGAAGGCUCCGGACUCCCCGCGGCCCCCCGCCCCCCAGGCCGGCCCCCUGACCCCCAGCCCCCGGCCUAGUGGCCAUUGUAACUUUCCCCCCGGGCUGUGGACCCCGCGGGGCGGGCGGAGGCUGUGCAUGCGAGUCUUUGUGCGGCCUGCGGAGUGGAGCUCUCAGCCAGACCGGCCUGUCCCACUCGGGACAUGAGCUGCUGAAGUUGCCUCCACCUUAGUCCUCACCCUUGCCGGGGUCCCUGAGGACUUACAGGCGCUCCCCGCACCUCCCCUGACCCCCUCAGUUCUCCCAGGUUGUUCCUCAAAGUCAUUCAAGCUGUACUCGCCGAAGGAGCCCCCGAACGGCAACGCCUUCCCUCCCUUCCAUCCCGGCACCAUGCUGGAUCGGGAUGUGGGCCCAACUCCCAUGUACCCACCUACAUACCUGGAGCCUGGGAUAGGGAGGCACACACCGUAUGGUAACCAAACUGACUAUAGAAUAUUUGAGCUUAACAAACGGCUACAGAACUGGACAGAGGAGUGUGACAAUCUCUGGUGGGAUGCUUUCACGACUGAGUUCUUUGAGGAUGAUGCCAUGUUGACCAUCACCUUCUGCCUGGAGGAUGGACCAAAGAGAUAUACCAUUGGCCGGACCCUGAUACCACGCUACUUCCGAAGCAUUUUUGAGGGGGGCGCUACGGAGCUGUAUUACGUACUUAAGCAUCCCAAGGAGGCAUUCCACAGCAACUUUGUUUCCCUCGACUGUGACCAGGGCAGCAUGGUGACCCAGCAUGGCAAACCCAUGUUUACCCAGGUAUGUGUGGAAGGCCGGUUGUACCUGGAGUUCAUGUUUGACGACAUGAUGCGGAUAAAGACAUGGCACUUCAGUAUCCGGCAGCACAGAGAGCUCAUCCCCAGGAGUAUCCUGGCCAUGCACGCCCAAGACCCCCAGAUGCUGGAUCAGCUCUCCAAAAACAUUACCCGGUGUGGGCUGUCCAAUUCCACUCUCAACUACCUCCGACUCUGUGUGAUACUCGAGCCCAUGCAGGAACUCAUGUCCCGCCACAAGACCUACAGCCUCAGCCCCCGAGACUGCCUCAAGACCUGCCUUUUCCAGAAGUGGCAGCGCAUGGUAGCACCUCCCGCGGAGCCUGCACGACAGCAACCCAGCAAACGGAGGAAAAGGAAGAUGUCAGGGGGUAGCACCAUGAGCUCGGGGGGUGGCAACACCAACAACAGCAACAGCAAGAAGAAGAGUCCAGCCAGCACCUUCGCUCUCUCCAGCCAGGUACCUGAUGUGAUGGUGGUGGGGGAGCCCACCCUGAUGGGCGGGGAGUUCGGGGACGAGGACGAGAGGCUCAUCACGCGGCUGGAGAACACCCAGUUUGAUGCGGCCAACGGCAUUGACGACGAGGACAGCUUUAACAACUCCCCGGCGCUGGGCGCCAACAGCCCCUGGAACAGCAAGCCUCCAUCCAGCCAAGAAAGCAAGUCGGAGAACCCCACGUCACAGGCUUCCCAGUAAAGGCCCUACCACAGCCACCCAGCGCUCUGCCUGCCUACCCCACACAGCUCCAAGGAGCCGAAGACAGAACGAAGAGACUGGGCAUCUGAGAUGGGCAACCUCCAUCCACCCACUUCAGGGAGGGACUGGACUCGCUGGGGGCAGGUGCCAAGAUUUGCCCCCCAGUUGCCCUGGGCUGGGCCUGGCCCCUGCAGAGCCUUUUGGGGGAAGGGGGUACUCAUGUGGAUGCCUGUGUGGACCCUGGGCCUCUGAGAAAUGUCCUGACCCUCCUCUCCCCAGGGCAUUUGCCCCCAUUCUUACCCCAGGUUCUGGGUGCCCCAUCUUCCUGAUUUAUCCCUUUGAGCCUGGGGUUUAUACCCACAGCCCUUAGGGGCUAACUGUUGGGGCCUUGGUUGAACACCCUUCCCCUAGGCGGCUGUCAACAGAGGGUAAAAUUCUGGGCUCCUCCCUUUUGCCACUUACCCAGCUCCAAGUUUUUAAAAAAAAAUAAUAUUAUUAAAAAUGUAAAUU